AUGGAACCAGCGGGUCUGCAAGACCUAUCCCCAAUCAUGGAACCAGCGGGUCUGCAAGACCUAUCCCCAAUCAUGGAACCAGCGGGUCUGCAAGACCUAUCCCCAAUCAUGGAACCAGAGGGUCUACAAGACCUAUCCCCAAUCAUGGAACCAGAGGGUCUACAAGACCUAUCCCCAAUCAUGGAACCAGAGGGUCUACAAGACCUAUCCCCAAUCAUGGAACCAGAGGGUCUACAAGACCUAUCCCCAAUCAUGGAACCAGAGGGUCUACAAGACCUUUCCCCAAUCAUGGAACCAGAGGGUCUACAAGACCUAUCCCCAAUCAUGGAACCAGGGGGUCUACAAGACCUAUCCCCAAUCAUGGAACCAGGGGGUCUACAAGACCUAUCCCCAAUCAUGGAACCAGGGGGUCUACAAGACCUUUCCCCAAUCAUGGAACCAGAGGGUCUACAAGACCUAUCCCCAAUCAUGGAACCAGGGGGUCUACAAGACUUUCCCCUUCUUUCCACCUACAGAACACAAGGUGUUUUGUAUUAA